CAAAGUAUGAACGGGUAUAAAAAAGAGGGGAAGUCGAUGAAGACGUCUGAGUCGCUCGCAGGAACAGAAGCGGACAGAACAGGGAGGCUGCGACACUGGACAGAACAAUGAAGCUGUUGGUUUUGGCUCUGAGCGUGGCCCUGCUGUUUACAGCCGGUGAAGCCCUGGACUGUCACCGCUGUGUCUCCAAAAAGGCCGGAGGAUCCUGUGAGCUCAGCGUGGAGACCUGUCCACCAGAGAAGGACGCCUGUGGUGCUGCCAAGUUCCUCAGCGAACCAUUUGCACAGUUUCAGAAAUGCAUGAGGCUGAGUGACUGCGAGAUGCUGAAGAUGAACUCCUUCAUCAACAUACAUUGCUGUACUGAAGAUAUGUGCAACAGCUUCUAAACUCCACGGUAAAAGAAUAACAGAGUGAGUGAGAACAUAAUACUGGAGUAUUGUUUAAUGAGGACGUUCAAACCAAAGACUUCAGCAGGUUUCACAUCGAAUACAAACAUUAAUGUAUGAAAUCAAAGCAGCGUCUUUGUAAAGAAAUAAAACUUCUGAAAAAUAAAACAAUCUGAGAAAAUGAUUCCCUCACAUACCUGCA